GCUGGGUAUGGAGAAAUGCCAACACAGAAGGGCAGCGGGUGUCUUGUAAUGUUGGACACAUUUGUCACCUUCCUUGGAAAAGUGUUGGGGGAAGAUGUUGAGUCCCUGUGGGGGGCUGGAGUGGUAGGUGAGGGGAGAGCAUUACAGAAAGCAUAUUACUAAUUUUUGCUGUGUGGUGGGUAUUGACUAAGCGCAUUGUCACCAUCUCUUGGGGGAGCAUGGGUUAGUUCGGAGGCAUGUUAUUAAUCUCGCUUUUGAGGGUGGAGGAAGCAUUUUGUAAUCUUUGCUAUCAGGGAGGACUGUAUCAAUUCUUUUUUUUUUUUUAAAUAUACCUAGUUGCAUAUCUCCUUUGUCAGGAGAACACACCAUUUGCUCUAGGUCAGGGGUCGGCAACCUUUCAGCAGUGGUUUGCUGAGUCUUCAUGUAUACACUCUAAUUUAAGGCUUCGAGUGCCGGUAACACAUUUGAAUGUUUUUUAGAAGGUCUCUAUACAUCUAUAAUAUAUAACCAAACUACUGUUAUAUGUAAAGUAAACAAGGUUUUCAAAAUGUUUCAGAAGCUUUAUUUAAAAUUAAAAUUCAGAUCUUAUUAGUUUCGUGUGAUCCUUGCCCUUGCUUUUCCUUGCUGAGUUUUCCAAUGUCUGGUGGCACCUAUUUAGAUACUUUAAGCAGCACACAGGCUUAUAACUCAGAAGUUGAUAACCAGCUGUCAGAAGGUCAGUGGCUGGAACCCCUGACCCACAGCUGAGAUGAGUGGAGCUGAUGGCUGGUAGGGCUGAGCAGGGCCAGAAGCCUGGACCCUGUCUGGCAGGGGGCCUGCGCUGGAACUCCAACUGGAAGCAAGACAUCUCCAUCCCUGACAGACCCAAACUGAAGUUCAUGGACAAAGUUCCAAGUGUACCUAAAGUGAGGCGGGAAUUCAAAAACCUACGUGACAUCCGUGGCCCAUCCACUGAGGCCACUGAGUUCACCCAAGGACAGUAUGGCAUUUUGGCAUUGGGUGGUGGUUACCUUCAUUGGGGUCACUUCGAAAUGAUGCGCCUAACCAUCAAUCGUCACCUGGAUCCCAAGAUAAUGUUCGCUGUGUGGCGCAUUCCAGCCCCUUACAAGCCCAUCACCCGCAAGAGCCUAGGCCAGCGCAUGGGUGGGGGCAAAGGUGCCAUCAACCACUAUGUGACAGCAGUGAAAUGUGGCCGCCUCAUUUUGGAAGUGGGUGGGCACUGUGAGUUCGGGGAGGUGGAGCACUUCCUCACACAGGUGGCCAAGAAGCUGCCGUUCCCAGCCAAGGCAGUCAGCCGCCAGUCCCUGGAGGAGAUGCGCCAGGCAGAAGAGGAGAGAAGACACAAAAAUCAGAACCCAUGGACAUUUGAGCGUAUCAUCACCUCCAACAUGCUGGGGAUCCGCAAGGUGCUGAGUCCCUACGAUCUAACGCAGAAGGGGCGCUACUGGGGCAAGUUCUUUCUGAAAGACAGAGUGUGAUGACAGGAGGGAAAAAUCUCAGGGCUGAGUGCCUGGAAGGAACCUUGAUCCUCCUUCCUCAGCAGGUGUGAAGUCCCUCCUGAGUGCAUCCUAUCUUGUUGUGGUAGGCUCUCAGAGGGUGGGCAUUGCUGUGGAGAUCUGCCCCUCAGCUCCAGAGGUGGCUGAGUUGUAUGCAGUAAACAGGGAGGUGUGAGGGACAGGUUAGGGUAACCAAUGAUCAUUUUGGAUUAAUAAAGUUUUCCUACUGUG